AUGGUGGUUUGUGGCAUCUGUGAUGAGUCGGGCCCGAAGGAGGAACUCAGCCACGAGUACAAGGGGAUGAUGCUGCACCAAGUAUGCUGGAACGGGCUGCGGGCGCACAACAACUGCAUCAAGACUGCGCCUGCGCACAUCAAGGCCCAGGUCUUUGAGGAGUUCCAGAGCGACCGCCCUGCUUGGAAGAAACGCAUGAUGGCGUGGAAGGACCCGAGCAAGCAAUCACGGGGGGUCGCUCGCAAUAACGUGGUGAAGAGUUUCAAGGCAGGGUUUUGGCAUCGCACGACGGACGAGCAGUCUAAGAUGGAAUUCGAGCGCUUGCACCAGUCCCAGCAGGGGCAACACGACCUCAAGGACGCCAAGGGCGCCGUCAUCGAGCGGAAGAUCGCGUACAAGGACAUCGGCAGGUUCCGCAAGGAGCGGGGCGCCACCGAGAAGUCGUUCACCAAGGAGACCUCGGAGGUGUCUGAGUUCGAGUACCAGCAGAAGCGCAGGCGUUUCUCUGUCAAAUCUGCUCCCGCUGGCCCUGGGCCCAGCUCCUUGGCAUCGGCAGCGCCCCCCCUUGAGUCAUCUACGCGGGUGUAUUCGUCGGAGCACUGGGUUGUUGGCGGGGAUUCGGCGUCGACGCGUUCCGCAGGGACUUUGAGCGCUGAGACUCUGGCUCAGAACUUGGCGAGUUCUCCCAAGGACGGCAACGACGUUGGGGCACAGGGGCAGGCGUCGGACCACGGGAAGCAGUCAUCAGCAGGAGGCGGUUCGAAGCCCAAGUUGUUCAACGCGAAGCUGGGGAUCAGCAUCGACGACCAGACCAGGGAGCGCACCAUCCCCUCGGGCCCAGAGGUAGAGGCCAUGGAGCCCAUCAGCUUCAUGGAGGCGAAGCGGCUGUGGGCCGCCAUGGCCGCACACGUCGUGAAAGGGUUUUUGGACCCCACCAGCGGCUACGUGAAGCAGCUCAACACUGCCAGCCAGGCGGUGGGCAAGGACAAGGAAGGCGAUUUGCACCAGCCCACGUCGGAGUUGGUUGACAAGCUCACGGGCGUGGCAACGGAGCUCGAGACCUAUGUCAGCAAGUGCGGGGAGCAGUGCACCAAGGCGGAGUUCGUCAAGCACGCGGUGGUGAUGAACGCCAAGAUGACCGACCUCGACGGGCAGAGGAAGCACGUGCAGUCGCAGCUCAGCGGGCUCAAGUACUUGCAGGAGAAGUUCGGCCACAACAAAUCGAUCGCGUACAUGGGCCACUACAACAGGCGCGUCAAGAUCACCAAGCGUUUGCAGAAGGGGGGCUUUGGAAAGGAAUACGCCGACGCCAUGAGUCGGGCUCUGUACGCAGCGACUGGCGACGAACAGCGAGCUUCUCUGACCGAGGCUGGAAAAGGCUCGUCCAAAGGCAAGACUAGAAAGGUGCUUCCCUUCCGAGGUGACGUCGAGGUGGACUUGGAGUUCAACGGCGACAAGGUCGCCAUGUGGAAGGACCCUGAGACAGCGACGCUCGGGGUGAUCAAGGACUUCAUCGAUAAGAACAAUGAGGCGAUCACGAGCAAGCUCAAAGUCCACCAGGAGCAGUUUGAUGAGAACGGCGCCAAGUGGAUCGGCUGUUGCGGGCGCCUGGGCUCCAGCGUCACGAAGGUGGACUUCGGCCAGGUGGGCUCGGAGGUCUACGACCUCCUCGAGGGGGGGCUGGCGCCGUGGGUCUGCACGGUGAAGCCAGACAGCCCCCGCGUGGGGCCGUCAGCGGUCCCCCUUUCGGGCUACGAGUGCGUGCUGGUGCCAUUGACGCCCAACAUGGCGUACUUCGCUCACCCCGUGGCGGAAGUGGUAGCCCAGGGGGUCUCGCUCAAAGACAUCAUGAAAUUCUUCGAGACAGAGGAAGGGGCCAAGAUCAACCAGGCUAGCUUCAUCCUCCAGCCUGAGGUCGGGCAAGCGGCCCACGUUCCGUGCGGGCACGUCGUGCAGGUGCUCUUCUACCCCGUGGAGGCAGCAGCGACCUCCAGCAAGACCUGCAACCUCGGCCACACGCUGUUCAUCCCCCUGCUGCACGGCGGCAGGUUUAAG